GACGUCACGUUGAAAACGUUGGAGGCGUUUCCCUUCCUCCCUCUCGCGCAGAGGCGGUGGUUUAGUGUUUUGCCCGGCGUCGUCAGCCGUAAACUUUCUCCGUUUCCCCGGGAAUCAUCUGGGAGCGAAGUCCGGCACGAUAUAGUUGGCUAUUAUUGAGCUGAUAUCGACAAACGUGUUGCAUUGCGGUGACACCUGCUGACGCGGCUGCUGCUGGGGAAAUCGGCGCGGCCUCUUCGCAACACAAUUGAGCGCAGUGGUACAGCUGCACUGAUGGCACAUGACUGAUCCAGAGAUCGGCUCGUUUGCUGCUUUGGAAGUGAUGUGACGAAGCAGCUAUGGACUUGAGAUCAACCGAGUACCGUCCGCUCUUUGGCGGCCCGGUCGACAGGCCACUGUUCGACGAAAAUAACUCGCGGGAACGUAUCCUGCAUCUCAUCGCAGGAGCUGUAACUGUAGUUUUUGUUUUGAUUACAUUUAUUCUUGCAUUCUUUUACUCUGUCCGGCCACCAUGUGCAAGGCACAUCUAUUAUGCACUUUGCAUCAUUUGCCUCUGUUUCACCCAUGCAAUGCUGAUCCACUGGUACAGAGAAGGAGGAGUUGAUCCGAAGUUUCGAAACCUCAUUUAUGCUAAUACUGUGAUUAUACACCUGUUCUGCAUAUCUGCCAUCACUUAUUUUGUUCAUGGUUGUUAGAGGGUGUUUUAGAAUGUGCUUGGGUAGGCAGCACACUGCUCGGUGGCUUAUCUUUGAGUUUCUGUUGAAGGCAGACUUCCCGCUCUGUUUUGAAAGAUGAAGUCAGUAUGGGCCUCCAUCCAAGUGGUUACAUUCAGCCUUGUAUGUGAUCUGUUAACAUAAUGGCUAAGAGAUCCAUAUUUACUACAGAAAAGUUAUUAUGCAGUUCAUUAGUAGGCACGUCGUCACACAGCACUUGUCAUUAGAGCUGAUUGUUUUUUUUUUUUCUGAACUCUUUGUCAAUGUAACACGGUACGAGUAUGAUCUGGAAUCACCACAUGUCGAAGUAUCAUUCACACUUGCAAGCACGACCAUGAGGCCAUUGUGUAUUUCCGUUUCUGGUUUUUUGAAACAUGAGAAGCAUUUCUUUGAAUUAUAAACGCCCAUUGUUUUUCAAUUGCUUAGACCAUUCUUAUAUACUAAUUAUAAUAGUGUGCAACUGUACUCUAUACAGAUGGUGCCUUAUUUACGCAUUUGAUAUGAAAUGCAGGAACAGCCAGGUGGAGAGGGAAGAAAAUGUUUGCGCAAAAACGACUUGCAUGUGCCUUAAACCUAACAGUGUGAUUAUGGAUAUGGUGUUAUUUGUUGAAGCAAGCAUAGGUCUCAAGUAAAUCUUGCACUCAGUGCGGAUGUUUGCCACUGCAUUCUAGGAGGGCUAGCCUUUGCCUUGCGAAGCACUACAUUCCCGGCAUCCUAUACGAUACUCUUUACUUUUAUCCUCAUCGUCAUUGCACAAAAGCGUCAUUGCGCUAGUACUUGUAAAAGGAACAAGUUUCUGUACUUCCUACAGUUUCUUCUUUUUUUUUUGGUAGCUACCCUCUCACGGUCAUUCAAGUGAGAUAUUUCUUGAAAUUUCAAUUUUUCACUGAGUUUUGAUUUGGGGAAUUAAAGAUGUUUAGGAAUAUCUUAUCUGAAGUGUUUUGAGUGAUUCAUUGUUGUGUCUUAUAUUAUUUGAAAGAAACAGUAAGACUUUUAAAGGGACACUAAAGGCAACUGUUUAGUCGACGUUGAUUGUGGAAAUGGGGGUUCAGAAACCCCAUAGUGUUAGUUUUGUGCUAAGGAAGUGCUUAUAUUGAAAUAAAAUCGCGUUGUUGUGGUCCACAUAGGGUUAGCGUGCUUCAAAUUACCCUCCUCAAGCAGAACGUCUCAUGUCACUGUUGCCGUGCACAACAAUGCCUGGCUUUACUGGGCAGCACAGCCGCCUACACUAGUAGCGGCAGAACAAAAGCAGUGGGAGCAACACCGCCAACAAUGGCCAUUGGAGAAUUUCCUGCCGUUGGCUUCGGGAUGCAAGACGUGCUUGGUUCAACUGGGCCCUGCUAGAUGGCGCGACCUGUCCAGUUUAACCAGGCGAAAAUUGAAAUUUUGAACCACUCGCGUUAUUUCUCAUGUUAAUGUCCGACGGUUAUUUUUUCCAUAAAUGAAGCAGAAACGAACAAGCAGCAAUUUAUUAUGUCUCUUGAUUCAUGGAAGGUUCUUUAUUUAGUGCAGCCAGUUCGAUUAUUAUUGAUUAUUUGUAGGCUGUAACUCUGACGUCAUCAGGAUCUUUUUGAUAAUGUCCCACUACGGCGCAUGUAUUCUUGUGCAUUUACCUCGAUUUCUCGGUGAAUAAAACACUGCUUUUGAGAAUAUUUAUCGUUUUAGAUGUUGUCAUACAUUGAGCUUUUAGUCUCGCGUAAAUAAUUAUUUGACUUUAGUGUCCCUUUAAGCAUUAAUACUUUGGGCACAUUCUAAAUUUAUGCAAACUUUUCAUGUCUGCAAGUUGUUCUUCAAGAUCUUGUGAAUGAUACUUUUUAUGGUAUUUGAUGUAUUUGCUACUAAAUGGACACCUAGACAGU